AUGUAUUUGAAGAAUCGAAAUAAUGCAAUCAACACAGAGAGGAGCAAGAAGAACAUUAAAGGGAAAACAUGUUCUUAUUUACGGUCAGGCACCCAUCAAGAAGAAAUCCUGACUUUGACAUCACCAAAGGAGAAGAACAAAGUGGAGAGAAACAGAAAGGUGACAGAGGAUGAAGAGUCGCUGCAGAGGACCGCUUUCGGGAAGGCCGUGUACAACAUGACCCAUUCGGAGAGGGUGAUGGACGACCUGACAUUUGGACGGCGGGUGGGAUUUUACGAGCUGAAGGGAGAAAUCGGUUCUGGUAACUUUUCGCAGGUUAGACUGGGAAUACAUGACUUGACAAAAGAGAGAGUAGCAGUGAAAGUCCUGGAUAAGGAGCGUCUGAGCAAACACACCCAAGCUCUCUUUGCCUCUGAGAUCACCUGCAUGGAGAGGCUGUCCCAUCCCAACAUAGUGCGCCUGUACGAGGUGGUGGAAACCUUCAAGCGGCUUUACCUGGUGAUGGAGUAUGCCAGCGGAGGGGAGCUGUUCUCCAGGAUCACCACCAGGGGGCGCCUGUCGGACCUUGAAAGCAAGCUGGUGUUUUCGCAGGUUCUCUCGGCAGUCAAGCACAUGCAUGAUAAUAACAUUGUCCACAGGGACCUGAAGGCUGAGAAUGUGUUCUACACCCACACCUACUGCAUUAAAGUCGGGGAUUUUGGUUUUAGCACUUAUUGCUGCUCCAGUGAUAUACUCCACACAUUCUGUGGCUCUCCACCUUAUGCAGCACCUGAGAUUUUCAAAGAGAAAGGCUACAUUGGACACUAUGCAGAUACUUGGGCUCUGGGUAUUUUGCUAUACUUCAUGGUGACCGCCACAAUGCCCUUUAAAGCAGCCAACACGACCCGGCUGAAGAUUUGCAUCCUGCAGGGUUCUUAUGCCAUUCCCUCAUACGUUUCCCGGUCCUGUCAGGAGAUCAUAAAGGGCCUCCUGAGGCCAGUUCCCAUAGACCGCCUCACCUUGACGCAGAUCAUGAUGAGUGACUGGAUGACGGGCAUCGAGUACCCUCAGGCCUACCCGCCCUCCAGACCGACUCCAUCACACCUGGUCGAUCAGAACCACGUCCUCACCUCAGAUGAUCUGAGCGUGAAAGUGGCGAUGGAGGAUCUUGGCAUCAGCGCGGUUCAUCUGCUCAACAACAGUCUCGACUUGAGAAGCCCUGUCACCGGGACCUAUCGGAUCGUGCUUCAUCGGAUCCAGAAGAGAAGAUCGAUAGAGGCUGCGGGUUACGGUCGGACACGCACGAGUGAGUCCCUAGACAGACUGAGGUGGAAAGCCGGGUCAGAGGGCCAUCUGUACAAGCGCCACUCUGUGGUCUGCGCCAUCAUGUAG